UCAGAGCAGUGCGCGAGCAGAGCGAGCUAGCAGCAGGGUCACGCGUUCACUCCACUAUCAUGUCACCAACAGACCGAUGUGUUUAGCCUAACUCAACCUCCAAAGCUAAUAAUCAUCACGUUUAUAUCUCCUCUAACCUGAAAAGUCUGCUUCGAAGCCGCACAUUGGCGUCUCCAGAGCGCGGUGUUAUGGGAGAGACACGGAGGUCAGAGCGGAGGGCUGUCAGCGUUAACGUCCGCGUACAAGGAACCUCCAGCAGUGGCCGCUUUGACAGCUCCAUGUUGUUGUAGCGCCGGUCCUGUACAUGUGAAUCAUGCCUGGUAAACUCAAGGCCAAAAUAGUGGCCGGGCGCCACUUGCCUGUGAUGGACAGAGCCAGCGACCUCACAGAUGCAUUUGUGGAGGUAAAAUUUGGAAACACAACAUUCAAAACAGAUGUCUGUCCCAAGUCCCUCAAUCCCCAGUGGAAUUCUGAAUGGUUCAAAUUUGAGGUGGAUGAUGAGGAUCUGCAGGAUGAGCCGCUGCAGAUAACUGUCUUGGACCAUGACACCUACAGUGCUAAUGAUGCCAUCGGGAAGGUUUACAUUGACAUUGACCCACUGCUAGCCACUGAGGCAGCUUCUAUCAUAUCUGGCUGGUUUCCCAUCUAUGAUACAAUUCACGGCAUAAGAGGAGAGAUUAAUGUCCUUGUUAAAGUGGAGUUGUUUAAUGAUUUGAACCGCUUCAGGCAAUCAUCCUGUGGAGUCAAGUUCUUCUGCACUACAUCCAUCCCACGGUGCUAUUGGGCUGUAAUGGUGCAUGGCUUUGUGGAGGAGCUGGUAGUGAACGAGGAUCCAGAGUACCAAUGGAUCGACCGUAUCAGAACUCCACGGGCCUCAAAUGAAGCACGCCAAAGACUCAUCUCGCUAAUGUCCGGAGAAUUGCAGAGAAAAAUUGGUCUUAAAGUCUUGGAGAUGGGUGGAAACGCCGUGGUGGGCUACCUGCAGUGUUUUGACCUGGAGGGGGAGUCAGGGCUGGUGGUGCGCGCCAUUGGCACAGCCUGCACUCUGGACAAACUGAGCUCCAACACACACAGUAACACGGCUCCUGCCUCUAACGCCUGCAGCUCCCCUUCCAAAGAGGGCAAAGAGCCAGUGUUUGGGGAGGACCUGCCUACAUCCUCUGGGCCACCCACCCCUUUCCGAGCUCUCCCCACCUCCUCCUCCUCUCCUCCCCCCUUCUCUCCCUCCAAGCCAUGCAGUCGCCAGUCCUCCUCAUCCGACACAGACCUCAGUUUGACACCCAAGACUGGUAGGAUCUUCUUCUGCCCUAGCUCCCCCGUCCUGCCCACAGACACCCUGUCUUUCCCUGGUCCUGACUCAGUGUGCUCUGCUCACAGCAGCCCACCCCUCCCCUCCACCACCCACUCAGACUCCGCCCUUCUCAGAAAGAGUGUGUCCUUCAAUGAGGACCUGCUGCUCAUGGCAGCCUCUGGCAUGGGAAGUGGUGGCAGUGGGGGAAAAGAGGCCGGACCCUUGAAGACUCUGCUAAGGCAACAAACACAGACUGCUCUUGAACAGCGAGAGUUCCCCUUCUUUACGCUGACUUCUUUCCCUCCUGGUUUUUUGGUUCAUGUUGGUGGAGUGGUCAGUGCCCGCUCUGUGAAACUGCUGGACCGCAUUCACAACCCUGAUGAGCCUGAGACUCGUGACGCCUGGUGGGAAGAAAUACGCCAAGAAAUCAAAUCUCACGCCAAAGCUCUUGGUUGCCAUGCUGUUGUGGGAUACAGCGAGAGUACAAGUAUCUGUGAGGAGGUCUGUAUUUUAUCAGCAUCAGGUACAGCAGCCAUUCUAAACCCACGAUAUAUGCGUGAUGGCUGCCUAGACCUUGGAAGUACAGACCAUAGAUUUGAAGAGCCAUCUCCCCCAAGCUGUGGGUUCUGCCACAUUCCAUACGAUGAACUCAACAUGCCCUUCCCUGCCCAGCUCACAUACUGUUAUCACUGUCGACGGCAGAAGGUCCCUGAUGUAUUGUUCACCACCAUAGACCUGCCAUCUGAAGCUGCAGUCACAGGCAAAGGGUGUCUCAUCCAGGCCAGACUCUGUCGUUUAAAGAAGAAAGCCCAGGGAGAAGUCAACGCCACAGCCAUCUCCAACCUGCUGCCCUUCAUGGAGUACGAGCUGCACACUCAGCUGAUGAACAAGCUGAAGCUGCGCAGCAUGAAUGCCCUGUUUGGCCUGCACAUUCAGAUCAGUGUGGGCGAAAACAUGCUUCUGGGGCUCGCUUCUGCCACAGGAGUCUAUCUGACUGCCCUCCCUGCUCCUGGAGGUAUUCAGAUUGCAGGAAAGACCCCGGGGGACCUCAGUAACGAGCAUCACAUUCAGACCAUCCAGAAAAGAAUCAAUGACACCAUUGCCCGGAACAAGGAGCUCUACCAAAUCAACCCCCCGGAUCUAACAGAUGAGACUGUGGGCUCUCCCAUCCCUGAACCCCGGCAGCGCUCCAGGCUGUUCCGCUCUCACUCAGAAAGCUCGGAUGAAGUGUCAGAACUGGACCUUUCCCAUGGAAAGAAGGAUGCUUUUGUUUUAGAGAUUGAUGACACUGAUGCUGUGGAAGACAUCCACUCCCUUCUCACUGAUGCAGCGCCUCCUACAGGCUUCUACAGCUGUAACACAGAGAUCAUGCCUGGGAUCAACAACUGGACAUCAGCCGUACAGAUGUUUACAUCAGUCAGAGUUUUACGGCUGAACAAUGUCAAUCUCACUAAUCAAGUCUUGAACAAGAUCUUCACCGAUCUAUGUGAGAAUCUGCUAAAGAGUUUUUAUUUCAAGCUGCGCUACAUGAUCCCCUGCUGUCUCUGUCACCUCAACUUCACAGUGGCUGUGCCAGAGGAAGAACUCGUACAGGUGGCUGUUACUGCAGUGGCCAUGACUUUUGACAAGGACCAGGCUCAGGAUAAACCAGCAGAGAAAGCCCCCCAAAGCAAAGGGAACGGUGAGACUGAGGAGCAGCUGCAGUUCCCCCUGGAGUUGUGUGUAGACGCUUCAUCCUCUGCAGUCCAGACUUCGAAAAUCACAGGUGUCCAGGAGAGUUCUACUACGUCAUCCCGAGCUGCCUCGGUUGAUUACGGUUCCUUUGCAGACAGAUGCAGCACCUGGAUAGAGCUGCUUAGGCUGAAAGCGCACACCAUAAGACGUGGAUCAGUUAAGACAAUCUCCUCUCUGGAGCGCUCCAGCCCUCUGCCAGAGGGGCGCUCUCGCUCGCUACGCUCCACGCGUUCUUUUGGAGGCACUUCUGUCACUGUGGUCAAGAUGACGCCACUGGCAUUUCUGCCUGGGACCCGCAUUAUCAAAUACCUUGGGAUCAUUAAUAUGUUCUUUAUAAGAGAGACGACAUCAUUGCGUGAGGAAGGAGGCGUGAGUGGCUUUCUUCACUCAUUUAUCGCUGAGGUGUUUGCCAUGGUUCGAGCACAUGUUGCAGCUCUUGGUGGGAAUGCUGUUGUCUCCUAUAGUAUGAAAGAAUGCAUGCUGAUGGAAAAUCCAAAUAAAAACCAGGCCCAGUGUCUCAUGAAUGUGAGUGGAGAUGCUGUGAUCUGUGUUCGAGAAACUGAGCAGGAGGCCCCCUGUUCCUCCACAAACACUGCACAAACUUCCAGUGGAUCAGAGGGGACCACGUGAUUAUCAGACGUCCAAAUACUACUCCAAGAUGGCUGCCUUAGAACUUUGAAAUAACCCAAAGCUUUGAGUGCAACAUUGAACUACUCACACUAGCAGUGUAUGCUAACCAUGUGUACAAUGUUGAAGAUACAAAAUGUACAGGACAAGUAUUACAUAAACAUUUAGGGAAUGUCUGAUUUGUUUUUUGGUAGCUUUAUUCGUCCAUUUCAUGAAAAAUAUUGUAAAAAGGUUACUUGCAAGACAGUUUCCAUAGAAACCUAAUAUUGUCACACCAAAAGGGACUGAAAUUAAUUUGAAGGAUAGAUAUAUAUAUGUGCAACUUUUCAAUCAUACAGCUCCCUAUAAUACCAAAUAUUACUUUUACUCUGGACCUAAUUACAAUUGGUAAUAUGGGACCCAGAUAUAAAAAUAGAUCUCUAGAUAAUUUGGUUUAGCUUUUGGUAUAAGUAUUUCCAGCACACAAAAAUUAUUAUCUUAAUUAGUCAUAAUUCUUUACAGAUUAAUUUGAUUUCUGUUGUUGAAACUUGUGUCAAGUCUUGAUUCUCCUGCCAAUCUUAAUCAUCUCUUACAUUCGUCCAAAACUGUUGUGCCACAGAAAAUAUAUGGUGUAGGUUUUAUUGAAAUAUAUUUUUAUAACAUGCAUUCUCUCACCUGGUGAACUUCUGUAUAAUAAUGGUACUUUGAUCUGAGCUGUUUAUACUAUUUUCUGUCUAAAACUUGAAUGUAUAUACUGAUGGGUUAGCUUUCCAACAGCUAUUGCCAUAAAUUCUGUAUGUUUGCCUGGAAGGUUGUACUAUAAAUUUAAACCAUUGUUUUGUCAGUAAUUCAUGUUUCAAGACAAGUUUAUUGCACACUAAAAUAAAUGAGUCUUUUAACCAAGA